UGGACUCGAACUCCUGACCUCAAGUGAUCCGCCCACCUUGGCCUCCCAAAGUGCUGGGAUUACAGGUGUGAGGUGCAAUGCCUAGCCGUGACCUUUGUUUUAGAGAGACUAAUUUGAUAGCCGUAUAAAUGUGAGAGUAUAGAUAUGGGGGAGAGAGAACAGAGAGAGAUGAGCAAUAAUUCAGAUGAAAAGUAAUAGAGGACCAGGCACCGUGGCUCAUGCCUGUAAUCCUAGCACUUUGGGAGACAGGAGGAUUGCUUGAGGCCAGUAGUUCAAGACCAGCCUGGGCAACAUAGCACGACUCCAUCCUUGUAGUCUUGUCUUUUCCCCUACCAUCCAGAGGUUACAUGCUCCAAGUAAUCUAAUAAUAAUAAAAGAAAAGUAAUGACGAUCUGAGGCAGAGUGGUGGUAAAAGGAACGGAAAGGAGAGCAUGGGUGCAAGAACAUUACAGAAGUGGACUGUAUAGGACUUGAUUAAGUAGAUACUGAGGGAUGGAAGCAGACCAAGAUGUAUCUGAGGUUUUAAGCCUGGGUGGUGCCAUCAGCCAAAAUAGCUGGAAAGAGGAACCAUGUUUAGUGUGAAAAUAUUUUCGGUUUUGGGUUGACUGCUUGUUGAUGUAACUAGGGAACUCAGGUGACUUAUACAUUGGAUUCCAGAGCUCAGAGGCUGAUCAGAGCACAAGAAACAGAUUUCAGAGUCACUUUCUUAGUGGUGCCAUUGGAGGCUGUGCAGGAUGAGAUUGCCAAGGAAGAGCUUAGAAGUAGCCACCAGUGAAGACUAUAAGCUCCUGGAAAAUAUGAAUAAACUCACCAGUUUGAAGUAUCUUGAAAUGAAAGAUAUUGCUAUAAACAUUAGUAGGAAUUUAAAAGACUUAAACCAGAAAUAUGCUGGACUACAGCCUUAUCUGGAUCAGAUCAAUGUCAUUGAAGAGCAGGUAGCAGCUCUUGAGCAGGCAGCUUACAAGUUGGAUGCAUAUUCAAAAAAACUGGAAGCCAAGUACAAGAAGCUGGAGAAGCGAUGAGAAACUUAUUUCUAUGGGACAGAGUCUUUCUUUUUAAUGUGGAAGAAUGUCUUAUAAAACCUGAAUCCUGAGGCUGAUGAAUUGUGAAAACUCCUCAAAAGGAAACUAUGCUGGUCAUCCCAGGAACAUCUCAAUGUUAGAGUAAACUGGAGGACUGUGGCUAUUCCUGAACCUUCUUUGAGGCAGAAUCCCUCAGAAUCUCACACUUAUAACUCCCUACCUUUUACUUGAAUGCUUUACCAUAUUCAGGACAGAGACUCUCACAAAGUUCAGAAAACAGCUGGGCUUACCAGUAAAAUCAAAUGAGAGGACCUAUUUUCUCUGGUAGUGGUUGAUUACUACAUUAUUUUCUUAAGUGGCUGGUUUUUGAGUUACUAUGUAAAUGGUUGUUUUUUCUGUUAAUAAUGCUAAUGUGUUGUAAACAAGAUUCUAAAUUUAAAAAGGAAAACAAACUUGUUCUUUGCAGCUUAUCACCUUGUGAAUGUUGGUAACUUACUUUUCCAUAAUAUUGCAAAUAACAUAAAAUCUUAAAAUAAUUCCAAGCUGAAUCUUCUAGAUUGAGCAGAAAUGGUGAAAGGAGUAUUGAUAACUUGGCAUAUGUGAUGGGCCCCUCUUGUUUAUUUUCUGUGUGAGUCAGAUUGACAUGUGGCCAGUUUUGGAAAUUUGUUGAAAACAAAGACUAGAUGGGUAUAUGUGUUUAUGUGUUGGGUGGGGAGUUGAGGAUUGCCACUCAUAAAAUAAAGGAUUUUAUAAAAUG